CAGAGAGGAAAGUUCUGGGUUCUUACCCCAAGAAACAGAUCGUCUGAAGUCCUGACACCCUUCUAGAACAUUCUACUGCUUUGCUUGCUGUCAAGGUCAUCCCCUUGCUGCAUGGGGAGUGCGCACGCGCUGAAGUGACCUACGGCUCUCACCUUUUGGAAAGAACGAUGAUAGGCUCAGACCUCCUGUGGCUGGCCUUGGCCUCCUGCGUUCUGACCCUGGCAGCUGAGGCGCUCCAAGAAUACAGAAAACCCAGAGAAGCCAGUUCCUAUAAGGUGGACUUGGUAUGUGGAGACCCUGGCACCCCAGAAGCCAACCUCUGUUUUGACCCCUGCCAAAAUUAUACCCUGCUGGAUGACCCGACUCGCAGCACACAGAACACAGAAGAAGUAGAACUGUGUGAUCAGGACAUGCAUGGCUGGUACCGCUUUGUGGGCGAAGGAGGAAUCCGGAUGCCGGAGACCUGCGUCCCAGUGUAUCGAUGCCAGACAGCCGCUCCAUUGUGGCUGGACGGGCCCCACCCUGUCCUGGGCGAUGGCAUUGUCAACCGCACUGUCUGUGCCCACUGGAGCGAAAAUUGCUGUUUCUGGCAGUCGGAGGUGCUGGUGAAGGCCUGCCCGGAAGGGUACCAUGUGUACCGGUUGGACGGCACCCCUGAAUGCUCCCUGAGAUACUGCACAGAUCCCUCCACCGUGCAGAGCUCAUGUGAGAAGGAGUGUCGUCCCGAGGAGGAGUGCCUGGCUCAAGAUGGCGUCUGGAGCUGUGUCUGCAGAAAGGAUCUCAGUGACUCUGAUGUUCACAAUUUGCAGCCUCAGCUGGACUGUGGGGCCCAGGAGAUCAAGGUGAAGCUGGAUAAGUGUUUGCUGGGACCUCUGGGCUUUGGGGAGGAGAUCAUUGCGUACCUGAAAGAUUGGAACUGCAGCAGCGUGAUGCAGACAGAGGAUGGAAACUGGGUGUCCACCACCAGCCCCGUCCAGGCUCAUGCCUGUGGGAAUAUUCUGGAGAGAAAUGGAACCCAUGCCAUUUACAAGAACACCCUCUCCUUGGCCAAUGAUUUUAUCAUCAGGGACUUUUUCGUCAACAUCAACUUCCAGUGUGCCUACCCCUUGGAUAUGAGGGUCAGCCUCCAAACCGCGCUUCAGCCCAUUGUGAGUUCCCUGAAUGUCAGUGUGGAUGGGGCGGGAGAGUUCACAGUCAGGAUGGCUCUCUUCCAAGACCAGAACUACAUGUUUCCUUACGAAGGGAUCAAAGUGGUGCUGCCGGUGGAAUCCAUGCUAUACGUGGGCGCCAUCUUGGAGCAAGGUGACACCUCCAGGUUUAACCUGUUGUUGAGGAACUGCUAUGCCACUCCCACAGAAGACAAGGAUGACCCUGUGAAGUAUUUCAUCAUCCAAAACAGCUGCCCAAAUCAACAUGAUUCCACUAUCCGCGUGGUGGAAAAUGGCAUUUCCGCGCAAAGCCGGUUCUCCGUCCAGAUGUUCAUGUUUGCUGGAAAUCGCGACCUUGUUUACCUGCAUUGUGAGGUCCACCUCUGCGAUUCCCUCCAAGAACAGUGCCAGCCUUUCUGCUCAAGAAGUCAACUCCGGAGUGAAGUGGCGGCCAUCGACCUAGCCCAGGUUCUAGACUUGGGACCCAUCACAAGGACAGGUGCCCAGACCCUUGGCGUCAUGAGCGGAGCCCCUAGCAUGGCAGGAUUCCUGGCAGCCUGGCCUGGCCUCCUCCUGCCUGUCCUCCUGGUUUGGCUGUUCUGAGAACCCGGCAGGGCAUCUGGCCUUGAAGUCUUUGCUUUUCCCUUCCUAGCAAUGUCUACCAUUCACUUUCAGCACAGCUGGGUUGCUCACACAUGACAGGGGCAGACUCAAGGCUGGCCUAGGUUUGGGGGGGGAAAGGAGAGUGUGUUCACUUCCUUUAAUGUAGGAGAAUGUCUUGUUUUCCUCAUUGUGGAAGCUGGUUCUGGACUGGCCGUAUCCUCUUCUCAUUCAUCUGUGGGACUUGGAAAGCAAAUCCUGUGGCUCCCGCCUUUCCUAGAAAUAUUGAGUAGGUUGAUGACUCCUAGAAAGAUGUGUCCUGUUGUGGUGGGGGUGAUCCUUUACACGUGUCUUCCCUCCUGGCUGCUGAUGAACCGCAUACAUUGACCCUUGCAUGG